CAACAGUUGCAUUCUUGACGCAGGAGAGCGGGAUCCCGGCCGUUCUAGAUCUCGCUCUUAUAAGAUGCCUCAGCUGUAUCGAGCGCAAGUGCAAUUAAUGGUUAUUCAUGGCUCAACUAGCAUCUCCUCAUGCACUCUACAUAUCAGAAAUAUUCUUUGCCAUCUCAUACUACCUUGAGGAGGACAAGAAAGCACUAGCGCGUCUUGCCCGUUGCUGUCACGCAUUCUCAGAACCUGCUCUCAGUAUCCUAUGGUCGUCCGUGCGGUCUUUUUCGCCAUUUAUUCCCCUCCUGCCGCCGACUGUGAAGUUCUUAUGGUCAGUUUGACGAAGUGGCCCUUGCCGAUUUCCGGUGCCCGCUUGAAGAAGAAUGGAGAGUAUUUGACAGUUACGCCCGCAGAGUGCGGAGGCUAUACUCUGGAU